GUUAGACUUGAAGAUUAACUUCAUGUUGUUAAGUGUGAAGAGGCUGGAAAGAGGAAUAUGAUGGGGUCCAAAGCUCUCUGUUUGGCGCUGUUUUGUGUUCUCUUUGCUUCUUAUAUUUAUAAACCCAUACCAGGCAACAUUGAAGAACGCUGGAAAGUAAUGUCCUUGGAUGCAAUUUUUAAAACUUGUACAUUUAUGGGUAUGUGCUUUGAAAAUAUAGGUAUUAUGACAUAUGAAGACUUUAUUUCCAUGAUAUUCAGGCUGGAUUAUACCCAACCACUUUCAGAUGAAAACGUCACAGUGACUGAUACAGCAUUUACUGACAUUCCAGUACGUGUGUACUUGCCAAAGAGAAAGUCAGAAACCCCAAGACGAGCUGUAAUCUAUAUUCAUGGUGGAGCUUAUUGUUUCGGAAGUUUCAAGCAGACGGCUUUUGACUUCCUCAACAGAUGGACUGCAAACAAACUUGAUGCUGUUGUUGUAGGAGUGGACUAUAGACUAGCUCCCCAACACCGCUUUCCUGCUCAGUUUGAAGACGGCAUCGCUGCAGUCAAGUUUUUUCUUCAGGAUAAAAUUCUUACGAAAUAUGGAGUGGAUCCCACCCGAAUCUGUAUUUCAGGAGACAGUUCUGGGGGCCGCUUAGCAGCAGCAGUGACUCAAAAGGUGCAGAAUGAUCUUGAAAUAAAACAUAAAAUCAAGGCACAAGCUUUACUUUACCCUCACUUACAGAUAAUUGAUUCGUAUUUGCCAUCUCACAGAGAAAAUGAGAAUGGUGUGGUUCUGACAAGGGACAUAGCCAUAAAACUCUUGAGCUUAUAUAUCACCGAAGAUAAAACAUUUCCCCAGGCACUGAAAAGAAACCAACAUAUGCCACUAGAAUCAAGACCUUUGUUCAAGUUUGUUAACUGGAGUACUCUCUUACCCAAGAAGUAUAGAAAGGACUAUGUUUAUACUGAACCAAUUCUUGGAAGAAAUAGUUAUUCAUUGCCAGCUCUUAUGGACAUCAGAAUGUCACCCUUGUUGGCCAGUGAUUCCCAGUUACAGAAUUUGCCAUCAACCUUUAUUCUUACCUGUGAGCAUGAUACCCUGAGAGAUGAUGGACUUUUGUAUGUUUCAAGACUUCAAAAUGCUGGAGUUCAAGUUACUCAUGAACAUAUUGAGGAUGGAUUCCAUGGAGCUCUGUCAUUUAUGUCAUCACCCCUGAAUUUACAUCUAGGUCUCAGAAUAAGAGACCUGUAUAUUAGUUGGCUGGAUAAGAAUUUAUAAAUCCAUCACUUACUUGAUUGUAUUUUGUGGUAUUUUGUAGUUGUAGUACAAAGAACAAUGCCAUUUGUAUUGUCUAAAUCUAGGCUUGAAUCAGUUAUAAUGAUUACUGCAUAUCCUCGAACUAGUAAUAUUUUUGACUCGCAAAACCUGCAUGUGAUCCUUUUUUCUCAUUACUUACGGUUUUUAGAAUUAUGUUGGUCCUGAUAGAGACCAGUGCUUAUUAACGUUUAGAAAUAAGAAUAAUACUGUCAAGUAAGAGAAGACAAUAUCCAGACAGGUACAGAAACUGUAUAAUAAGUGGGAAGAGAAAAAAACAUUAGGAAAACAUCGUAAGGAAAUUGUAUUAGUUUCAUGUGGCUGUUAUAACAAAUUACUACAAAUUGUGUGGUUUAAAACAACAGAAAUUUAUUCUCUAGAGUUCCUGAAGUCCAAUACUAGUAUCAUUGGGCCAAAAUUAAGGUACUGGUGAGAGAAAUGCUCACUCUGGAGGUCCCAGAUGGCUGGGCCCCUGCCUCUUUCACCGGGUGGCUAACAGAACUCCUUGCUCUGGCCAGAUCACCUUAAUCUCAAAGGCUGGCAUCUGCAAAUCUCUCUGCUGCAUCUUUACAUGGCCUUCUCCUACGCCUCCUCCUAGAAGGAUUACAUGUGUUUGCAUUCAGGUUCUAUCCAAAUAAUCCAGAACAAUCUUUCCAUUUUGAGAUUCUUUUUUUAAAAUUUAUCUUUAUUGUUGAAAAUAUUACAGAUGUCCCCUUGUUAAUUUUUUCCAUUGACCCCCUCCACCUUGCACCCGCCCCUCCCAGACCUU